ACCCAAACGCAACUAAUACAUAGUUAUAUACUUGUAAACUGAGCCGCACGUCCUGGCGUGGCUACGAGGUGCCCCCGCCGGACGAGGGAGGCAGACCAAGCGGGGCACGAAGGAGAAGAAGCGGCCGUCCGGGUCCUCGCCGUAGACUCGAAGAGAUGCUGGCGCGUAAGUCUCCUUCGGCUGUCAAUGUCAUUGCGAUCUAGCCUUUUCUGUCGCUGUGGUUGGUUGGAUCAUUGGAUUGCCAGGGUUUUGGUCCCUGCGUCGGCUCUUAUAUAGACCCUCAUUGUUUAUCCUUAUGUUCUGAUGGUCUAUCUUCAUGGAUGCAGAUUCUAGGGAUUUGUACGGGUUUCCAGUGAGGCCUCAAUACUUGCAAAUACACCGUGACUAUGCCAAGAAAUACAAGGAGGAGGAGGAAGAGAGAAUCAAGAGAUGGAAGGACUUCUUGGACAAACUUGAGGUCAUUGCAGUGUCAUCUAAUGAUUCUUUGGUAGAGGUUGAGUGUUCUUCUUCAGUGUCAAACGUCGAAGGAAGAAAUGAUAGUUAUCACGAGGGUGCCUCACCAGAAAUUGCCACAGAGACCAAGAGAGAAGGGGCAACUCACAAAAUCCAAAGAUGGAGUCCAUUAAGGUCAACAUUGACUCCCAUUGAGCAGUUGAUGAGUCAUCGGGUGAAGAAGUGGAGUGUACCAACUAGCAAUAGAAAAGCUGCUUGUACAAGUGGAUGCUGUCACAAAUUGGAUGACAACAGGGAUGUCUGCGGGCAAGUAGGAGGGGCAUCUGAAGAAUGGUCCACCAAAGAGUUUGAUAAUGUCGAGAGGCUCAAAAUGCAAGAAGCACUACACAUUGCUGAUUUAGAUUUGAAGGAAGUAUCUCAUUUCCCCUGGAUAGAAGAAUUGGAAAGCUUGGUUCAUGGGGGAGUGCCAAUGGCUUUGAGAGGAGAGGUAUGGCAAGUCUUUGCCAACACCAAGUUUCAUAGGAUUGAGGGUUAUUAUGAUAAGUUACUAGAUGAGGAAGCUGAGAGUAGCGAAGUAAAAGAACACAAAUCUAACAAAUCCAAUGACACUAACAAGAUGUCAAACACACCCAAAAGGCAGAUUCCUGAUAAUUGGAGACAACAAAUUGAGAAGGAUUUGCCUAGGACGUUCCCGGGACACCCAUCUUUGAGUGAAGAUGGAAGAAGUUCUUUGAGACAUUUACUUUUGGCUUAUGCUCGGUAUAAUCCUUCUGUUGGGUAUUGUCAGGUCAUGAACUUUUUUGCUGGCCUUUUACUUCUUCUAAUGCCAGAGGAAAAUGCAUUCUGGACUUUAGCCAGUAUAAUUGAUGGCUAUUUUGAUGGAUAUUAUUCCAAGGAGUUGUUUGAUUCUCAGGUAGACCAACUUGUUCUUGAAGAUCUUGUUCGUGAAAAACUCCCAGCAUUGGUUAAUCAUCUUGAGCACUUGGGAGUGCAGGUAGCAUGGAUCACAGGACCUUGGUUCUUAUCAGUCUUUGUAAAUAUACUUCCAUGGGAAAGUGUGCUCCGUGUUUGGGAUGUACUGAUUUUUGAUGGAAAUAGAGUCAUGCUUUUCCGGACAACACUUGCUUUGAUGGAUUUAUAUGGCACUGCACUGGAGACAACAAAAGAUGCUGGGGAGGCAAUUACUUUGUUACAAACUCUUGUGGGUUCUACCUUUGAUAGCAGCCAACUUAUGGCAAAGGCUUGCUUGUAUUAUCAAACAGUAAAUGAAGAGAAACUGGAGCAUUUAAGAAGAAAGCACAGAGCUGAUGUUAUAGCUGUUAUGGAGGAAAGGUCCAAAGGACUUCAUUCUUGGAAAGACUCCUUCAGUCCAACAUCUAAGUUGUUGAACUUUAAUUAUGACUCGGAGCUAUUAUACAUAUCAACCAAUUCAACAGCUGAAUCAGGCGGUGAUCAAUUGGAUACUCUACCUGAUCUCCAAGAACAGGUAGCAUUUUUGAAGGUUGAGUUAUGCAGAUUGCUGGAGGAGAAACAAUCAGCUAUUUUAAGAGCUGAAGAGUUUGAAACGACACUAAUGGAAACAGUUAAGCAGGAUAAUAGGCGCCUUCUUAGCGUCAAGGUUGAGAAGUUAGAGCGAGAGGCUUCUGAAUUGCGACAAACUAUGACGACAAAACAACAGAAAGAGAAUGCCAUUCAUCAGGUUUUGAGGAGGUUAGAGCAGGAACGGAAAGUGACUGAAGAUGCUCGCAUACUAGCUGAACAAGCUGCUGCUGCCCAGAAAUAUGCAACCCACAUGCUUCAGGAGAAAUACGAAGAAACCAUGGCAGCACUUUCAGAAAUGGAGAAAAGGGCUAUUAAUGCAGAGAGAAUGCUGGAGUCCAAAUUGCAAAGCCAGUCAAGCUCAACUGCAUCUUCCCCAAGGUUAUUGGGAUUGCUUUCAAGGCCAUUUGGAAGCUGGCUUGACAAGAAUAAGGGUAAGCCGGAAAUGUCCAGUGAAGAUAAAAUCUCAUCUGUUGCUUCACCGAAGAUCUCCACAGACUACAGACCUAGGAAUGAUCUACAACAAUCAGACAAAUGACAGAUGCUGGUUGAGUAGAACCGUAGCCAAUACCUAAUGUUCAGUCACAGGAUAAUUUAUCCAUUCUUGUACUAAAACCUAUUCAGUGAGAAACAGCUUGGCUACCUUACGUCAA